AAAAAUUUUGAAAUUUAAAAAAUACAAAAACAAAAAGAAAUAAUAAUUAUUAUCUGAUAACUUGCUGAUAAGAAUAAGAUAAAGAAAUGAAUUCUAAUACAAAUGUAAUUAUUAUAAGAUAAAAUUCCAAACGAAACUUACAAUAUCCCUCUUUGAACAAAAAUGUCCAAAAAAAUCGUAGUAGUUGGUUCUUGCAUGAUAGAUUUUGUAAGUUACGCUCCAAGAUUACCUGAGGCAGGCGAAACCAUACACGGUCACAAAUUUGUAACAAAUUUCGGUGGAAAAGGAGCGAAUCAAUGUGUGGCCGCUGCCAAACUAGGAGGAGACGUAGCCCUGGUUGCCAGAGUAGGCGACGACGUUUGGGGCCCCAAAUACAUCAACAAUCUUAAAAACGAGCAAAUCGACACACAAAAUGUUAGAAUAACUGAAAACUCCAGCAGCGGCAUUGCACAGAUAAUUGUAGCCGACUCUGGCAUUAACCAAAUUGUAAUUGUAGCUGGAGCCAAUCUUAGCUUAAGUCCUAAAGAUGUUCUAGACUCUCAGCCAUUAAUUAGUUUAGCUAAAGUUUUAGUGUUACAAUUGGAGACACCUGUCGAGACUGCUAUUGAAGCUUUAAAACUAUGCAAAGGGAUUUCUAUAUUAAAUGGGGCUCCAGCUUUAGCUCAAUACAAUUUGGAGCUAUUAAAAUUGCCUUCAAUAUUUUGUGUCAAUGAAAGUGAGGCUUCUGUAUUUACUGGGCUUCCUGUAAAUAAUGUCUGUGAAGCUGAAAUUGCAGCAAAACUCCUAAUAUCAAAAGGCUGUCAAAGUGUACUUAUAACUGUAGGAGCUGAAGGUGCUGUUUACUUAUCCAACGAUCCAAGCAAAAAGCUUCUUCAUGUAGAUUCUCCCAAAGUAAAAAGCAUCGACACUACAGGGGCUGGAGAUGCUUUUAUUGGGGCUCUGGCCUUCUGUUUGGCCAAUUACGACCAUAUUUCAAUGGAAAAUGCUAUUAAGGCUGCUUGUAUUGUGGCAGCCGAUAGCGUAACACGGUUGGGUACCCAAAUCAGUUUUCCUGGGCCUGAGAUUUUGCAAAAUGUGCUCUGAGAAUUUGAGGCUGUGUUUUAAGGUACUUAAUUUUAAUUUAAUUUAAUGGCUGUUUGUGUACAGUACUACGAGUGUUGGGAUUCUAUUAUAAUUUCUAAUUAAUCAAAACUCAAAUAAUUACUCUUACGAAAAGAAAAUGUAUUGCCUAUUUUGUGGUAUUAAAUUCCAUCUUAAAAAUGUUACAGCUUAUAAAAAUAUUGCCCCCCGUUCUUCAUUAAAAAUUAGUUCUUAAAAAAUACGAUUUUUUUUAUGUAAACUGCUUUGUACUAAAUUCAGUAUUUGUCUUGAGUAGUGUACAGCAAGCAAUGUACAAGAUCUAUAAAAAUAUACUAAAAUCUAUUAAGAAAAUACAGAAGUCUUUUAGAAAGUAAAAAUGGAAAAUUCCCAAAGAGUUAAACCUAAAUAAUACUUUUUAAAGUCUUUAAAAUAAAAAAUCUAAAAAAAAAAAAACAAAUUAAAGCUUUGCUUUUGAGUCCAAGAGAAAACUAAUUAAUUGCAAAAUUAAACGAAUGAUAACUAUUAGCUAAAUAAUAAAAUUUAUACAAAAAUAAAGGAAGACUCUUAGGUUAUUGCAACAGGUUUAAAAAAAAAAAAAUUACUUUAUCCUUAAAAUUAUUUACCUCUAUUCUCCUCAACAACCCCCAAAGCUUCCAGCUCUCGUAAAACACUAGUAAGAUAACCAGGAUCCGGAUAGCUGUAGCUGUUAUUACUAGGCCCCAUUUCAGUCUUGUGUGGAAUGUUCCAGGACACCACAUCUUCACAUCCAGUGGUAUUUGAUCUAGUUAUCUUUAAAAACAAUAUUUUAAAACAAAUUAAAACAUUACUCCAAGUAGCUUACAGUAAAUAUCAAUUUCCUAUGCCAGGCUUCAUCUAGAAGCCUCAACACUUUUCUGCCCUUAGGAUUAUCAGGAAUGUAAGCCACUCUUGGAAAACCAACAGCGUAAUAUUCCCUGCCUGGAUUUGGAUGGUCUGGGCCUUGAAUGCCUGAUUGAAUGCUUCAAAAGCAAAAUUAUUAGUUUAAAUAUUAGAGUCAUACAAUUAUAUUUACUUAUAAACAAUUUGUAUAGUGCGAAAAUUCUGAUAGCCAGGCAAGCUGCGUUCGAUGACGCCCCACUCCAUAGUCCCAGGAGGUUGAUUACCAUGCUUUUCUCCAUAAAUGCAACCGCAAACUGAGCACUGGAUGUGCAGUUGAUCUCCCGCUUCCUGCAGCUCCGUUAAAGAAUAGUUGAGACAAUCCAAGUGUAACACGUGAUUGCAAGGGAGGGCGAUUACGACUAAACUGGGUUUCAGUGUUUGCCUGCAGAGGGGGCAAGGUUGGCGGGGGGCCCAUUCGCUGGAUUUUGAGACUCGGACGAAGCGAGAUAUGCUGGCACUUGCUGGAUCUAAACCUGAAUAGGACAAGUACUGAUUACUGUUAUAUAUUGUUUAAACUUCUCAUUAAAUCAAGUCUUAACUCUUUUUGUAUUCACAUUUUCAAAUCAGAAAUGAUGACAUCAAGUUUCAAGACUUUGUCUUGAGAGGGGUCACUCUCGCUAGUUACCAGAAUAGAAUUUGAAUUUGUGUUCAUCAUAUCCUCAUGACAUGAGUCAAUUAUUGCAAAUUCAAACAUACUAGACAAAGAUAGACUGCUCAUCGUCUCAUCAGAAAAAAAGAUUGCGCACAUAGCAGGAGGAAAAGACACAUUUUCCUAUCUUGUUUAGGUAUCGAAAAUGAAAAAUUAUGACAAUCUUGACUUGGUCAAGACGUAAUUUUAGAUUUCAAUCUUGAAUUUCUGAUUUUAAUAGGUAUUUUUAUGUUUUUUUUUUUUAACCGUUAUAACCUGAUAGUUACGUAAUAAUAAUUGGCUAUAAUUAAGUUGAUAUUAGUUUAAAAAAGACGUUCUCAGAAAAUUCUCAAAUUUGAGAAUAUUUUCGAGAAUAUUCUCUUUUUUAUUUUUCUCGAGAAUUCUAGACCUUUCAGUUUUCCAAAAUCUAAAUCAUAAUAAUGAUGAUAUUUCAAUAUUUUUUUUGUCGAGAUUUUGUAUCUUAAUGGUCAAUCAACAUACCCCAAACUCCAUACACUAAAUUAUUCUCAGAUUUCUAUAACCAAAUUGCUUAACACGUUUUUAUCCCAGGAAUUAUAAGUCCAAAUGUGUUGAAAUUUUUCAGGGAUUGAAGUCCUCUACUGGAAUAAGUAUUGCUGAAAAUUUCAGCUUUCUAUCUAUAAUAGAAAAAAAAAUAAUGACCUUUCAAAGUUUUCCAAAAUCUAAAUCAUAAGGUAGCUACUUUCUUACUAAAACGAUGAAAUUUCAAUUUUUUUUUUGUUGAGAUUUUGUGUCCUAAUGAUCACUUGGGAUUUCCCGAACUCCAUACACCAAGAUUUGAAGCCGAAAUCUAUGAAAAAAGGCACUCAGAAAAAUUUAAAAAUUGAUAAAUUACCCUAAAUUGCUUAACAUUUUAUCUAAGGAACUAUAAGUCCAAAUGAGUUGAAAUUUUCAGGGACUGAAGUCCUCUACUGGAAUAAGAAUCGCUAAAAAUUUUAGCUUUCUAUCUAUAAUAGAAAAAAAGUUAUGACCUCUCAAAGUUUUCCAAAAUCUAAAUCAUAAGGCGAUGAAAUUUCAAUUUUUUUUGUUGUUGAGAUUUUGUGUCCUAAUGGUCAUUUGAUAUCCCCCGAACUCCAUACACCAAGUUAUUCCCAGAUUUGAAGCCGAAAUCUAUGAAAAAAGAUACUCAAAAAAAUUGAAAAAUUGACAAAUCACCCCAAAUUGCUUAAGUCUGACAGAAACUAGUAGUUUUUUUGUGUUUUUUGACCCAUAUGUAGCUGCCACGCCAUCUUAAAUGUCACGUGGUUUGGAUUGCCUAAUUUGUUACAGGGUCUCCAGGUUAAUGGGCAAGUAUAAUGAGACAUUUUAUUUGCAGACUGCUAACACCAACAUGUUAUACAGAAGUCCUUUAUAGUGUAUGUGCAGAGUCUUUAAUAAGGUUUCUGGAGACUGUGACAUGAAUGUCGAUUCUAUACACUCAAUCAAUCAGACCGUACUAAACGAGGGGUCAACCACUCUGUGAAAAUUUGUACACCUAUUGCGAAAUUGUCGGUAUUUUGCAAGUAUUUCGGUGGUGGUAAUUCGAACCUAGUUUUUUAUGGUAUUGCCAAGUACUUCGUAGUAUUUGGAGGUAAUUCGAAGUAUUUCGAGGCGAGCCGAGGUAUUUCAAGCUAUUUAAAAAUAGUUUUUUUUUUUAUACCGAGAAUAAUUAUUUCUUUAUCACUUAAAAUUGCAAUAUUAUAGAAUGAAAAUUAUAGUCC